AUGUUCGGAAAGUCGAAGAAGGCUUCCAAUCAAAGCCGCGGCAUCAGCCAAGAGCUGGAAGCUGUUCUUCCUAAUGACGGCGUACCGUGGUACAAACAGCGGCACCUAGUUUGGCUAAACUUCUACUGCAUCUUCCUCGGCCUCCUUUGCGCGGCAAACGGAUACGAUGGCUCAAUGAUGAAUGGCCUGCUGGCCCUGCCCCAAUGGUUCGAGUUCAUGGACCACCCCAAGGGUGCCUGGUUGGGUUUCAUCAAUGCCGUUCAAUCGCUGUCAACCAUGCUCGCAUACCCCGCCGUUGCCUAUUUCGCCAAUCGCUGGGGACGCAAAAAGGGUCUCUUCGUUGGCUACACCUUUCUUUUCCUCGGAUCUUUGCUCCAGGCUUUCUCCCCAAAUAAGACAGGUUUCAUCCUUGGUCGACUUUUCAUCGGCCAACCCAGUGCUUGGUGGGGUGGCCUGGCACCUCUUCUCAUCACCGAGUUGGCGUAUCCAACGCACCGAGGAAUUCUCACAGCGCUCUACAACUGUGGUUGGUUUGUGGGCUCGAGUCUUGCAGCCUGGGUGACAUACGGAACACGAAACUUCCAAAGCACUUGGGCUUGGCGUAUACCUUCCCUUUUACAGAUUGCGAUUCCGAUCAUAGUUCUUCCCGCCGCCCUUAUGGUUCCAGAGUCGCCCAGAUUUCUUAUAUCCAAAGGGAAAAUGGCCGAAGCUCGCAGCAUUCUCACGAAAUAUCAUGCCGGUGGCAAUCAGAACUCGAUCCUCGUUGAUUUUGAGAUGACGGAGAUCGAGCGAGCGAUUGAGGACGACAAGGCUGCGGGUGAGACUUCAUCUUGGAUGGAGAUGUUCAAAACACCAGGAAACAGACAUAGAGCCUUCAUCUCCGUUACCCUCGGUCUCUAUGCUCAAUGGAACGGAAAUAACCUGGUCAGUUACUACUUGGCUGAGAUCCUCAAGAGCGUGGGUGUCACUUCCGUCACCGACCAAACGCUCAUAAGCGGCUGCCUCCAAGUCUGGAACCUCAUCAUGGCUGUCUCAGCUGCCGUUUCAGUUGAACGAGUCGGCCGUCGUGCGCUAUUUCUCACCAGUUGCUGUGGCAUGCUCGUCAGCUACGUAGUGAUAUCCGGUUUAUCGGGCGGCUUUGCCAACACGGGCAACCCGUCUGUCGGCGUGGCUGUCGUGCCUUUCUUGUAUAUAUACUACAGUUUCUACGACAUUGCAUUUACACCCCUUAUCGUAUCCUACCCUGCAGAAAUCUGGCCGUACCAGCUGCGUGCUCGUGGAACAGCAUUGACACAGAUGUCAACAUACUUUGGCAUUUUCUUCAACGUCUUCGUUAACCCGAUUGCCAUGGACGCGAUGGGUUGGAAAUACUAUCUCAUUUUCGUGGUGAUUUUGAUCAUUGGAACCAUCAUCAUCUACUUCUUCUACCCCGAAACUAGAGGUCACACUCUUGAGGAAAUGGCAGUCAUCUUUGACGGGGACUCUGCAAGGGUUGUUGAUGUUGCGGUUGAAGGCAACAUCAAGAAGGAAGCUCUCUCGCAGCACCACGAAACUGCAUGA